AAUAUUAUCCAAGGACGUCUACCAUCUUCGUUAGACUUCAGCUGACGGCGAAAGUCCCUUUGGCAAGCGGCUCGAUGCUUCCACCCGGUAGGCCAACGUCCAAACGCAACUCGGGCUCUAGCAGCAUCGAAGGCAGCAACGGCUGGCGGCCACCACCUACCACCACCACCCUUAAAAAGUGGUGGCCAUGGUGGUUACUACUGCCAGGAUGUUUCGCCUCGUGGACAAAGUACGUCGAGGAGUACGACUCGAUCAGAGUCGCCAGAUGCGACGCACGCUGCGGGGAUAAUCAUCCGGACGAGUGUAUAGAAAAUUGUCUAGCAUCGAAUUACUCGAAACCUGGUUAUUGUCCUGACACUGCUUUCAUGUCACCCUUCGAAGCCGUUUGUUUGAUCGCUUGCGAUAGCGAUUCACGUUGUCCAGACUUGGCAAAAUGUUGUUCGCACGAUUGCGGAGUCACGUGUAUGCAUCCUAUCGGUUUAGACAACAGAACUGAUUUACCACCGAUCCCGCAAAAUCUACAAAUAAGACAACAAAAAAGUAAUCUAAUCCAUUUGAAUUGGCGAAACAUUGGGCAUGUUUAUUCAAAUGUAUCCGGUAAUGGGGAUGUCAGAUAUUUAGUGGAGGAACGUCAUCUUAUCGGUCCACGUUAUUUAGAAUCCAGAUUAAGUUCAUGGACCGUUCGACACGUUUCUACGAAACCUCACGCGACUCUUCGUGGUCGAUUGAAGACAGGCCAUUGGUAUCAAUUUCGUGUUGCAGCCAUCAAUGGGAACGGCUCGAAGGGUUACUCUCAACCAUCGAGACCUUUCAAGACGAAAGAGCCACGAAAUCCUAAAGAACCACAGAACCUGACCCUUUCAGGGGCACGUUUGGUCGGUGGAAAGUUGAGAAUCAAUCUCCGAUGGGUUAAACCCGCAUCGGACGUUCCGAUAACCUUUUACAAAGUUUUCUGGAGCAGACGCAUUCACAGUCCAACGAACGACUCUGUACUCGUAUAUCACAGGACCGUUCUAAAGGAUAAAACUUGUUACGAGUUGAAGAACUUAGAACCAAAGUGUCAAUACUUUCUUCAAGUCCAAGCGGUUGCGUUGUACGGUGGAAGACGUCUGGCCUCUCGAAAGGCGUCAAAAGUUUUCAACGCAACGGAUUAUAUGGCCUUUGCCGACGUCGGAAGACGUUCUCGCAGGUGCGAAAGAUAUCAGGAAGGUCUUCACGUAAGAAGAAUGAUAUGUCAUUGUGGUGACGUUAAGGUACGAUUGGUAUGGCCGAUUAAUCAAGAUGCAAAAAUGUAUAAUAUCAGUUGGAAGGAAGAAUCAUGUACUACGUCGAUCUACGAGGACAAUGUGAAUACGAAAAAGAGACCAUCGUGGAAAACGAUUCAGACGCCCCAUUACGAUCUACGUAAUCUUAAACAAGAUUGCACGUACAGCGUCAACGUGAGAAAUUUAUAUAGCAAUGAUAAAAGGGACGAACACGGUACGAGCAUAGAGUUCUUCGCUACGGGAUGCCAACAGGAUCGCGACGAAAAAAGAUGGAAGUAUUCGAGUAACAAGGCUGCACAAUGUAAAAAGAAAUCUUCCAAGAGUAAAAAAUAUUCCGAGGAUACAGAUUGACAUUGAAAUUAAUUCACAAAUUGAUUCGAUAUUUUUCAUUAGAAAUUAAUUCGUUUUAUUAUACAAUGUUAUAUUUAUAUUUAU